AUGCUUGAGAACAAGAGGGGUGACUUAGAGGGCACUGAAGAGGAGGAGGAGAAGGAAGAUGACAAGGAGGACAUUCUCCCACCUGAUAAAAGUAUCCGAAGGAGAGCCGUGGGCUGGAUAAACAAGAAGUGGGAGAAGAGGAACCUCAGAAAGAUAGAGAGAACCUGUCAGAGAGAAGCUGAGGAGGGCGAUAAGAUCGUCCACAUAGUCAUCCCUGGACCCAUAAGGCUAACCAUGACCCGGGCAGAGAGAGAGAGGGAGAAGAGGAAGGAGCUGCUGGAGGCUGAGGAGAGAAGGAAGAAGUUGGAGGACUUCAAUAAGCAGUGGAGAGUGCAGUCGCUGCUUAAAAAACACACUCAUCAACAACUGAAGGAGGAGAGGGAGAAGAUGAAGGAAAAGUACCUGGAGCAGAUUAAUCUGGAGGCUGAUGAGCAAAUCCAGAAGUUCAGCACCCAGUACAUCACCCGGUGUCCAACCACCCAACACAGCCACGACUACAACCAAGGUCAGGAGUUGCCGGGGUGGGCGACAGGCCAACAAGUAAGCCAAGAGCCUGUUGCAUCUGGAGAUGGCCAGCAGGAGGGGCCAAGGAGGCAACAGGCAUGGGCAGAGAACCAGGAUGGGAGUUCAGAGAACCAGCAGGAGGGGCCAGAGAACCAACAGGAGGCGCCAGACAGCCAGCAGCGAGAAGCUCCAGAAGAGGUUGAAACAUCAGAGCCAACCUCCAAGAACAAGAAAAUGCCAAGCAUCUGGAAGAAAAUUAGGAUGGGGUAA